CGGCUGCCCACUGCCCGCCCCGUCCCUCCCCAAGCCGCCCCGCCGCCCUACCUCGACUCGGGAAGCCCGGGCCGCUCCGCCGAACGCCGCUGCCAGGCUGUCGUUGUAGAUGCUCGUGUGACGCUCCUUGGUGAAGAUACAGGUGCUGACCAUGUCACCACAGGGGCUCGCCGCGCUGCUCUGCAGAGAAGGGGACCAGCACCUCGCCCAGCAGGAGCUGCCCGCAGCCACGGCUUUCUAUGUGGCCGCCUUCAGCUGCAGUGCCCCCACGGCUCUGCAGAAAGUGAACUCCUUGGAGAAGGGGCUCUGGGAGAAAGUGAUAGCCACCUUGGAGAUGUGGUGCAGGGGUAAGAGCCAGAUUCCCAAGAUCCAGAGCAAGAACGUGGCCAUUGCGUCGCUCAGGGUGGAAAUAGCGGCUGUCUUUCUCUCCACCCUAAGUCCUGACAACGUGCUGUCCUCAGUAUAUAAACUGGAGGCCCUGCUCAGGCGAGGAUGCUCAGAGGAGGUGGUGAGCAAAUGCAACGUUCUGCUCAAGGCUCACCCAGAGUAUGCAGUAGAACUGCUGCUGCUGAGGGCGUUGGCAUGGGUGCUGUCGGGGACACAGGUUAGGAAGGGAGUUGCGGACUAUAUCCAAGUGUUUGUGAGACAUCAGGCUGAGGCAGUGGCUUAUGUGUGUACCAGGCAAAAGGAACACCUGCCACAGAUCAUCCAGGCCUUCUCUAAUUUUCUCUCAACGUAUCAGAAGGAAAGCCCAGAUGGCAGUUCCUUGGACCAGUGGCUGGGCAACUGCUAUGCCUUCUUGUCUGCAGUGGCACCGGGUGAUGUCUGGAUUUGCAGAGUGCAGGCAGCUUACCUCUUUAAGAAAAGCAAAUUUGAGGAGUGUGUGGCAGUUUGUAGCAAAGCCCUUAAGGGCUUGUCAGCGGAUAGUAGUCUGAGAGAUGAGAAAAUGCUGGGUCUGCUCUUGGAACGGGCUGCCGCAUGUUUCUUCUUGGGUGGCCGGAUGCAGGAAAUGAUGCAGGAUUUAGCAGAAGCCUUUGCAGCAACCCCUGACCUGGCAAUGAAGCACUUUGAAGAGCUUUUCUCACCACCUGACACUGAGAAGAUAGAAGAACAGGCUAGAACUGUCCUGGAAGUGAAGUUUGCAGCAUACAGGGAGGCUGUGCGUGCUCAGACCGAACUCAGAAGCAAUCGUUGUACUGAACUGCUCCCUUCUGUAAUCCAGACGGUCCUGUUCCUCCUGCAUAUCUCCCCGGGGUCCAAACGUGAGCUCAGCGUCCGGCUGGCAGACUGCCAUCUCCUGCAUGGACACAUCAGAGCUGCUUUGGAGAUCUGUGACCAGCUCCUGGCAGCGGAGCAGAAAACUUAUUACAAUACUCUCCUAGCACUGCGAGGAUUCUGCGCCCUCCAUACUCAUGAUCAUCAGCAGGCCCUGCAGGACUUUCAAAAGGUCAUUGAGCAUGAGUCCCCACAUCCUAACAGCUGCAUUAAAGCCUUGUGUGGCCGUGGGCUUAUCCGGAUUUCUGGUGGCAGCCAUUACUUGACAGCCCUGGAUUAUAUCACAGCUUGCCAGUUAAAGCUAGAAGAAACCAUCUUCACCAUCAAGGCCUAUGUGCCAUGGAACCAAAGAGGACUGCUGCUAAAGGUUCUCCAGGAAGAGGGACAGAAGAUGCUCCAGAAGAAGAGGGAUGCCCUUGGGGUUUACCAGCUGGCUUCUCUCUUGAUGGAACUGGAUCCUUCUGAUGAAGCAUCACGGAUCCUUUGUGCUGAUGCUCUGUACCAGAUGGGCUGGGUAGAAGAAGCUCACAAGCUGCUCUCACUGGCACUCUCCAGAAAUCCACAAAGAUCUCCCAUCCUGGCUAGACUUGCACUUCUGCAAUUUAAGAAAGGUUUCAUGUAUGAUGGCAAUCAGCUGCUAAAGAAAGUGAUCAAAAUUGGGGAUACCUCCUGCCUCCUGCCAAUCAUGGACAUUUUCAAGGAUGAAGAUCGGAAGCUGAUGCAAACUCACUGCCGUUCCAGGGCACUGACCAUCUUGAAGAACAAACGGGAAGAUGCUGACAUAAAAGAGGCCAUUGCUUAUCUUUCUUUUGCCAUCAUUGCUUCAGGUGGCUAUGCUGAAGAUUGCCUUCUCAUCAGGGCUCAAUGUUACGGGCACCUCGGUCAGAAGAAAACUGCUAUUUUUGAUUUUAAUGCUGUCUUAAAGGAGGACCCUGGCAAUGUGCAUGCUCUCAGUGGACGAGGCUUAAUUUACUUUGCUCUGAAGCAGCAGAAGGAGGCAGUGCAAGAUUUGAUCCUGGCGCUGAAGGCAGAGGCAGGAAUGGUAAUCCCAGCAAUCCUGUCUUUAAAGCACGAAGCCCAAGAGCUGAUCGCUCAGUGGCUCCUUCAGCACGGCAGGACUGUGCUAACUGAGCUUGUUGCUACUAAAGACUCUUCAAAGGAAGAAAGAACCCUCAGGGACCUUCUUGUGAUUGCAGGAGCACUAAUAAAAAUUUGCAACAAGGCACAAUAUCACACCUUCUAUACAGAUGUUUUGAUUGUAAAUGGAAGGUAUGAAGAGGCCCUUGUUCACCUUCAGGAGGCAUUUGGCCACUCCCCCACCGAUGAGCUGGCCAGUGCAAGACUGGCUGUGUUGCAGCUGAAGAAGAGGAACGUGCCAGCGGCUGCUCACUCCUUCAGCAUCCUAGCUAAGAAAGAUGAAAGGGAGCUGGAGUUUCUGCUGAACUUUGUAGAUGCUAAGCAACAGCAGCAUCUCUCUCAGGUAGCAGCCCAAGAAGGAAAUGUUCUGAUUAAAGGAUAUCACUAUAAGAAGGCUCUUGGUUACUUUACCCUGGCUAUCUUGACAAGCAAAGAUAACGCGAGAUACCUCCGACAGAGGGCUGCUUGCUUUAUGCACCUGAAAAAAUAUGACAAAGCUUUAAAAGAUAUGGAGAAAGUGAUUGAGAAGCAUGGCUGUAACAGUCUUAGAACACGAGUUCAGGACCACUGCUCAAAAGGACGCCUGCUAUUGUCAGUGUCAGAGGAAGAAGCAGCAGUUCAACAGUAUAUUGAGGCACUGCAAUUGGAUGAAUCCACGGCAUUGUGCAGCAUCAUGAACGGCUCUGGUAGUGAACAUUUAGCAAAAACUUUUCAUAAGAUUGCACAAUGCAGUUUUGAAAUGCAGCAUUAUGAAGAGGCCUGGAAAAUCACAGAUUAUGGCCUUAAAAUUGAUCGAAAUAAUCCUGAACUUAAGAGGCUGAAAACAAGACUCAAGCGAGAGGCAUCAGGCUGUAGCAUACAUUAAUGUGUCUGUCUGGGGAUUUUCCAGUGACUGAUUGUUUUCUUGUUUGUUUGUGAGGCUGGAAGAAUAAGGGAAGGACAAGAUGCUCAUGAUAAAUAUGCAACAGAACAUGGCACUGAACAUGGCACAGCAAGACUAGAAGUAAAUAAUAUCAGAGUGAAACAAAACUGACCAACAGAGCUGAUAAGAACAAGGCAAAUGGCAUUAUUCAAUAUUCUUUACAAUUAUUGUGGAAGUAAGUAAGCUCCACUUUGUGAGGAAUAUCUGGCUAAACUGAAUAAUUGAUUCCCUAACACCUUGGUUCCAGCCACAGUGAAGGAAAACAUUCAAGUAGCUUGCAGUUGAUGAAGUAACAACGUGUUUCCUUGCUAUUUAUUUGAUUACCUUUAAUGCAUACUGUUCAGCUAAAUAGCUUUAUUUUGUGGGCCAAAAAAGGUCACUCAAAACUAACAUUUGUAACGUGUUUUUAAGUUUGUGAAGCAUCCUGUGUUACACCACUCAGCUCCCCCACUCCUGAAUGGAAGUGCCAUUUUUGAAUGGAAUUGCAAUAACCAGCGGCAAUAUAAGGGAGCGGGGCGGUACGGACGCAAAGCAGAGUGUUCUUCUGUCCCAGGCAACAUAGGUAAAAUGAGGGGUGAGAUCCAACAGAGACGAAACAUCCAACCUAGUGACUAAUACUCUGUUUUCUGGGGGACAGAGGCAGCUGUACUACAGGUAAGAAUGGGUUUCUUUCACAGUCAAGAAAAGUUACUCUGAUUCUAAUCCUGGUGACACUGAUGAGCACUUCUUGCUCCUAAAUGGCACCAAAAUGCUAUAGGAAAGUUUCUUUCUCAGCUUGAAAUCAAAAAGAGAAGACAACAAUAGACCUCUGGAUUAACAGCCUCUCUGCUGAGAAAAGCAGUUCCAACUUUCUGAAUUCUAGUAUGUAAUUCACAGUGAAUGGAGAUACUCUUUAAAAUCCAGGUCUUUACAUUAUGUAUAGCUAGGAUACUUAGUUUUCUUCCCUUUCCUUUUACACCCAAAGCUUUCUGUGCUUCUUUUGUGACGGAAAACAAAAUUGGGGAACAGCCUUCCUCAGAUCACCUGAUAGUCCUGGAAAGAACAGGGAAGACGAUGCAGUUGUCCUGCUCCCCCGAAUAAUAUUCCAUCCACUGGCCCAAGUUAGGAAGCUUGGGGUUUUUUUGGCAUGCUUUAUUUUCUUAAGUGAUAUGCUCUACUUUGCACUUAGAAUAGGCUGCAUUCAAUGCCUCUGUAGCAUUUUUUUCUUUAAAGACAGGGGCCAGAUUCACUCCUGAAAGAUUGCUAUAGAGUUACACUGAGGAAAAAUUUGUUUUCAGCCUGAAUAGCCUAAAAGUGCUAUUUCUUCAAGCACUAGGAAGGCAUAUCACUUCUUAUCUGUUAGUCAUGGUCUAGAUUAAUGGCUGCUUCUCUCUGCGGAUCCAAACUGUUCUCAUCAGCAUUUUUAUUUGUUUCUUUUAUCUUCUUUGUCCUCUUUCUGUGCACAUUAAACUACUGUGAUCAAAGUCCUUA